AUGGUUUUCAACCACUACCGUCGCCACCGACCCCCACCACCGCUGUCCACCACUGCCGCUAAUACCCACUUUCGCUGCCGCGACCACCGUCGUCACUACCGCCACCCAACUCCGCCGUCACCCACCUAUGCCGCUAUUACCACCCGCCGCCGCCCACCGUCGCCGCCGGUUUCCAACCACUUAAAGAACAUUCUUUGUCUAUGGCAUGCAGAUGAAAGUUACCUUGGUUUUACACAUGAAGCCGCAGCUUUCUCUCCAGCGAAAGAAUACGAUUACAUUAUCGUCGGAGGAGGGACCACCGGUUGCCCAUUAGCCGCCACCUUAUCCGAAAAGUAUUCUGUAUUACUGCUUGAGCGAGGCGGUGUUGCGGCCACUUCGGACGCUAACAUCUACUACGAAGACAGAAUGUUCAACCCCCUCUUAUAUGCAGACGCCUUUGAUUCCCCUGCUCAAGACUUUAAAACUGACGAAGGUGUAUUAUGCCAUAGAGGGAGGGUUCUGGGAGGUACUAGCAUGAUAAAUUUCGGGUUUUGGUCCCGAGCUGAUGACUACUUCUAUGAAAACUCGGGUAUUGAAUGGGAUAUGAGUGCAGUUAAAAGUGCAUAUGAGUGGGUAGAAGAUAGUAUUGUUACACGUAGAGUUCGUUUAGGUGCAUUCCAAGCUACUACUUUCGAUGCGUUGGUAGAAGCUGGAGUUGUUCCGGACAAUGGGUUCACCUUGGACCACGUUCAAGGCGCCAAGGUUGGUGGUUCCACCUUUGAUGAUUCCGGGAGACGACAUGGUGCGGUGGAGCUCCUCAGUAAGGGGAACCCAGAAAAUUUAACGGUGGUAGUUCAUGCAAUUGUUAAUCGAGUCAUCUUCUCCACCUCUCAACCUUUAGCUGCAACUGGCGUUACAUACCAUGACUCCAGAGGAAGACGUAAGGAAGUACGUGUAAGAACAGGCGGAGAGGUAAUUUUGAGUGCUGGAACUCUUGGGAGUCCACAACUUUUGCUACUAAGUGGAUUAGGGCCAAACUCGACCCUCUCGUCUCUAAAUAUUCCAGUUGUUCGUGACCAUCCAUUUAUUGGACAAUUUAUGGCUGAUAAUCCUCGUAAUACAGUUGUUCUUAAGGUACCUGAUAAUAUAACUGAUGUAGGAAUUCAUGUAGCUGGGAUCACAAACAGUGGCCCAUACGUAGAAUCUACUGCAUUACCUCGAGUUACAACUAUCAUACCUUUCAUACCUUUCUUAAACGUGGUUGCACCUACAAACUUAAGUCUGGCGCUACUUGCUGGAAAGGUCUCGAGACCAAAAGCAAUUGGCUCACUGAAUCUAAAAUCGUCUUUUGAUGUUACAAUUACCCCAAGAGUUCGGUUUAAUUAUUACUCUAACGCUGAUGACCGACUCCAAUGCCGCAAUAUUGUUGAUGUGCUUAGGAGCGUUUUGGAAACUCCAGCUAUGGGAAAAUAUAAGUUUCCCACGAUUAAUGGUCCUAGCCGUUUGAUUUUUAUUGGUCCAUCGGUACCCAAGGAUUCAAAUGAUGAAGAGUCCGUUGCGACUUUCUGUAAUCAAACAUUGGGCUCAUUUAACCAUUAUCAUGGGGGAUGCUUGGUGAACAAGGUGGUUGAUAGCCGUUUAAAAGUCAUUGGGGUGGAUUCUUUACGAGUUGCGGACGCUUCUACGUUUUUCAACUCACCAGGAACGAAUCCUCAGGCGGCCACUAUGAUGUUAGGCCGAUACAUUGGUGAGAAAAUACUUAACGAAAGAGCAGCAGGUGACACUCAUUCUUGAUAUUAAGAAUAUUUCAUCUCAAUAA